UCAUUAAACUCCAGGUUGCGCUGUCGAUUCAGCCUCGUCCUGCACAAUCGAUCCCGUUGCAGGGACAACCAACAAGCUGAUGUUGCUGAAACGCACACAGUGAAAACGCUGACACGAUGGAUUUCAAUGUCAAGAAACUAGCGUCGGAUGCAGGUGUCUUCUUCACUCGUGCUGUUCAGUAUACAGAAGAGAAGCUUGGCCAAGCAGAAAAGACUGAGCUAGAUGCCCAUCUGGAGAAUCUGAUCGCUCGGGCAGACUGCACCAAAAACUGGACCGACAAGAUCUUCAGACAGACCGAGGUGCUGCUUCAACCUAACCCAAGUUACAGCAGCUGGACUUCCCCUGUCAUAAAUGACUUUGACCAAACUGGUGCCCGUAUUGAAGAGUUCUUCUAUGAGAAAUUAGACAGAAAGAUCCCAUCCAGAAUCACCAAUGCAGAGCUGCUGGGACAGUAUAUGCAGGAUGCUGCAAAGGACUUUGGACCAGGAACUCCAUAUGGCAGUACUUUGAUCACUGUUGGAGAUUAUCAGAAGAGGCUGGGUGGAGCAGAACGGGAAUUCCUACAGACAUCAGCCAUCAACUUCCUCACUCCUCUGAGGAACUUUUUAGAGGGUGACUGGAAAACAAUUUCUAAAGAAAGAAGACUACUUGAGAACCGGCGCCUUGAUUUGGAUGUUUGCAAAGCUCGACUCAAGAAAGCAAAGUUAGCAGAGGCCAAGGCUGCUGCUGCGCCUGACUUUCAGGAGACUAGGCCACGCAAUUAUGUUCUGUCCGCCAGUGCAUCUGCGCUCUGGAGUGAGGAAGUUGAUAAAGCAGAGCACGAGCUGCGUGUGGCUCAGACUGAGUUUGACAGGCAGGCAGAGGUGACACGCCUCCUGCUGGAGGGCAUCAGCAGCACACAUGUGAACCACUUGCGUUGUCUGCAUGAAUUUGUGGAGGCCCAGGCUGCCUAUUACACACAGUGUCACAAGCACAUGCAGGACCUUCAGAAAGAGCUGAGCAGCGCAAAUGGAGAUACGUUCCCUAAUGCCUUUGCUGUGAACGCCUCCACAUCAGGAGUGUCGACAGGCCCUUCUCCCCUUUCCUCUGCCACUCUACCUGGGGCUUCUUCACCUAGUCGUCCCCCAAACCCCUCAAAUGCCCUUGAGCCCAGCACACUGAAGAUUGAGGAGGUGAAGCCUCCCGCCACUGGUACUCGCAAGGCCAAAGUGCUGUAUGACUAUGAUGCUGCAGAUACAAGUGAACUUUCCCUUCUCGCUGAUGAGCUGAUUACAGUGUACACUGUGCCUGGCAUGGACCCGGACUGGCUUAUUGGAGAGCGAGGCAACCAGAAAGGCAAAGUGCCUGUCACAUACCUGGAGCUCCUAAGCUAGACACCUCAUCCUCUCCACAAAUACAAAGUCACACUCAAUUAUGCAUGAACAAAUACUCAAGCACUCCUGAACACUGAAUUUACCUGGUUUCUUUAUAUUUAGUUUUUUUUUUUUUUUUUUGUAAUGCCUAGAUUUACCUCUAGGUCUGUCUGUUCUGAUGUUACUGUGCAUAAAUAUGUAUUAUUGUUUUUUUUAGGCCCUAGUUAUGUUCUAUGUGUAUAUUGUUUCAUUUGAACACUAUCCUGCAUUUCUUAAAAUAACUUAUUUUAUUUGUGACUGCUAGAUUUAUAUUAAGUCUUUCUUACCCUCCACAUGAAGAAAACAAACCGAAAAGCUUAUGUGUUUGAGCUGGAUGUGAGUUUAUGUAUGUGAUCAUGUUUUGAAGACACUAAACAUCUAGGCUUUGCUUCUUUGCGUGUCGUCUCGCUCAUCAAGCUUAUAUGCUUAUAUGGUUGUCUUGGUUUGAUUUCAAAAGAGGCAUAUAUGUUUUGUCAAUGAUUGACAAGAUUGUAAAGGUAUUAGGUGCGGUUUUGAUGUACAGUAUGUGGUUUACAAUGGUCUGUUCAUAUUCGAAAGAUUGAAUUUCUUUACCCUCAUUAGUACUUAUUCACAUUCACUCAUUCAGCACCUUCCCACCUUUGUCUCUGUGUUCUGUGCUUGUUCCAAAAAGCAAUGCAUAUUGAAUGGAUACAAUUUGAAUAGCUAAUAAAGAGAGUUUUACUGGU